AUGAAGGUGCUCCCUGCGCCUAGCUUUGCUGUCCUCCUUUUCGUGACUCUGAAGUUUUCCACUGCAGCCUCUUCCUUAUCAUCCAGAACCUCAAGGACCAACUACCACCUUGCACAGGCAUACCUUGACAAAUAUUACACAAAGGAAGGAGGACCUCAAAUUGGUGAGAUGGUAGCAAGACAACGCAACACCAUGGUCAAGAAGAUUAAGGAAUUACAAGCCUUCUUCGGCCUCCAGAUCACUGGGAAAUUAGACAAGUCUACAAUGGAUGUGAUCAAGAGACCUCGCUGUGGAGUUCCUGAUGUGGCAAACUAUCGCCUCUUCCCAGGUGAACCCAAAUGGAAAAAAAAUACUUUGACAUACAGAAUAGACAAAUACACGUCUUCCAUGACAUCUGUAGAAGUGGACAAGGCUGUGGAGAUGGCACUGCAGGCGUGGAGCAGUGCCGUCCCUCUGAGCUUCGUCAGAAUCAACUCAGGAGAAGCAGACAUCAUGGUAUCGUUUGAAACUGGAGAUCACGGGGAUUCCUAUCCAUUUGAUGGGCCUCGGGGGACUCUAGCCCAUGCAUUUGCACCUGGAGAAGGCCUGGGAGGAGAUACACAUUUCGACAAUGCCGAGAAGUGGACUAUGGGGACGAAUGGCUUCAACCUAUUCACAGUUGCUGCUCAUGAAUUUGGCCAUGCACUGGGCCUGGCCCAUUCUUCAGACCCAUCCGCGCUGAUGUAUCCAACUUAUAAAUACCAGCAGCCGUAUGGGUUCCGCCUGUCCAAGGAUGAUGUGAAAGGGAUUCAGGCACUGUAUGGCCCUAGGAAACCAUUCCCAGGAAAUCCCUCUGUGCCGCACACACCCCCUCACCAACCUGAUCCGUGUGAUUCCUCCUCGUCCUUCGAUGCAGUGACCAGGCUGGGGAAGGAGCUGCUAUUCUUCAGUGACCGGAUUCUCUGGCGUCGGCAGGUUCACUUGCCAGCGGGGAUCCAGCCCAGCACCAUCAUGAGCUCCUUCCCCCAGCUGAUGUCCAAUGUGGAUGCAGCUUAUGAAGUGGCUGAUCGGGGCACUGCCUACUUCUUCAAAGGUCCCCAUUAUUGGAUAACAAGAGGAUUCCAAAUGCAAGGUCCUCCUCGAACUAUAUAUGACUUUGGGUUCCCAAGGAAUGUGAAGUACAUAGAUGCUGCUGUCAAUGUCAAGGACACACAAAAGACCCUUUUCUUUGUGGGAGACGAAUAUUACAGCUAUGAUGAACGAAAAGGAAAAAUGGAAAAAGAUUAUCCCAAGUAUAUCGAAGAGGAAUUUUCAGGAGUAAAUAGCCCAAUAGAUGCUGCUGUGGAGUUAAAUGGCUACAUUUUCUUCUUUUCUGGACCUAAAGCAUACAAGUAUAAUGUGGAGAAGGAAGAUGUGGUCAGUGUGGUGAAAUCUAGCUCCUGGCUUGGUUGCUAA